AUGAUUCAUUCAACACAUAGUUCUAUUCCUUCCAAUAGAAAUGAACUGAGUUCUUUCCGACGAGUAAAUUCUCCUGGACUUCCAAAUUCUUCUUUAAGAACUAGUUUCAAAAGUGAUAAUAAAAAAUUAGAAAUUGGAUUAAUUACAGAUAGAAAACCCAGCUAAAGUCCUGAAUUAAACAAAGCCAUUUCUCCUGAGAAAUAAAAGAUCUCUAAAAGAAAUGAUAGCAUUUUUGAAACAUCAGAACCAUAGGCACAACCAUUUUAGAUGGUAGAAUUUCUAAAUAAAAAUUUGAAGAUGAUCGAAAAGAUUGAAUCCGAUAAAUUAUGCUUGAAUAUAUAUAUAUCUGAGAAUGACAAAAAUUAAAUCGUAUUUACAGGGAUGAGUAAGGAGAAAGCAGCAUCUGAAGAAAAUAAAAAAGAAAUAUUAUAAAACUUAUAACAACUUUUUAAAUCUGGAAUGGAGAGAUAAAAUGAAUAUAUCAGAUUAGAAUCUUUAGAAUAACAAUUCAAUUUAGAGAAUCAUAAGUAUUAUGGAAUAAAUACUAAAAAUGUUGCCAGUUCAAACAAGAGAAUUGCAACCUAAAUAAAUGAUAAUAAAUCGAUAUUUGAUAGAUCUUUAUCAAUUUCAAGUAUAAAAGAUUUGAAAUCUUAUUCAUCUAAUAAAAUACAAAAAGACAUUGAAAUAAUAGAACAAGGAAUUAUGAAAUACAAAAUGCAAUAGAAAACAAAGUCAAAAUAAUAGCAGCCUUUUGGAUAACAUAAUUGUACUAAUACACUCAAAUCUAAAAGCUCUGUUUGUAAAAGUCCUUUAUUAAGAACUGCUGCUUCACCUUCUUGUAAAUCCUAAAGAAAAACUGAUUCAAGAGUAACAAAUAAAGCCAAAAUUAAUACCAAAUCCAUGCAUGCUUGA